CUUCAACCCGAAGCGCAGCCCAGUUUCACCGAAGCCCAUGUCUUAGCCACGGCCUCGGUGCCGUCGACUCGACGCCCUCCACCAUGGCGCCGCCGCGAAGCCUCGCCGGCGCCGCCAUAGCUGCCGCCGCCGCAGCCAUCGUCCUCUCAUGCUUGUUCUACAGGCGCAAAUGCGCUCGUCUGGCCGCGCGGGUCCGCGAGGUGGAGGCCUCACUGGUAGCCGCUGCAGAGAAGGUCGCUGCCGAGCGCCGUGGCAGAGUGCGGGCCCAGCAGUCGCUGAGAAGGGCUCUGAGUCAGCAGGAGCCUCGCUCCGACGAGGCGAGGCCGGCCAAGGCCACCGCCCCAGCAUCUUACCCGCUGGCACCGAUUGGCACUGUCCAGUCCUGCUUCUCCACCAGGAAUGGUACACCAAGGCAGCCUUUGGUAGUUACGCUGGCCAGGGCAACUGUGGCGCUUGAUCCAGCCCGAGUCCCCGCAGCAGCCCUGGAGGGACUAGCUAGUUACUCACAUUGCUGGAUUCUUUAUGUUUUUCACCUUAACACUGAUCUUGAUAAACUGUGGAAAGAUCCUGCUAGGUCUAAGCUAAAAGCUAAGGUUGAACUAAUGGAAUCUUCUGAUAUCUCAUGGAAGGUAAGGGUACCGAGAUUGAAAGGGGGCAAGAUGGGGGUUUUGGCAACUAGAUCACCACAUCGGCCUAAUCCAAUCGGACUCAGCGUAGCAAAGGUGGAGGCAGUGGAUGGGCACGCUCUUUUGCUUUCUGGAGUAGAUUUGGUUGAUGGCACGCCUGUGCUUGAUAUUAAACCAUACCUGCCAUAUUCUGACAGUGUUAAAGGUGCAGCUGUUCCCAAUUGGUUAGAGGUUGAUGGUGCAUUAGCUGUGGAGUCUGUCCAUUUUUCCGAACACUUCAUUUCUGCGCUUCCCACCUGCUGGAUGCAUGUACAGAAGCAGUCACUCUAUGCUUCAGCAGACGAGUUUCAGGAUCUGAUCAAGCAGGUCCUUUCCUGGGACAUCAGAUCGAUCUCACAGCGGACCCGUCCCCAUCAAGUGAGCAUGGAAGCUGAUGCCAACGGCCACUGUGGCGAAGGCACUGAUGAUGACCAUAGCGACGCAGGUCACUGCGGUGUGGUUUACCACCUACAUCUUGAAGGCAUCGAUGUAUCGUACAGAAUCGAUCAGGGCUCCAACAUUGUCGUCGAGGACGCCGCCCUUCUUCCGGAUGUCGUCCAGAAACGGCAUGGUUAUUUGGCGUGGAGGGAUAAACUUGGCAGCAGCGUUUUGUAGCAUGGCCAUGGCCACUCGAGCUCGCUGCGUUUUGUUUUCGUUUGCAGGAGUGCAGUGUGGUGUAGGAUGUCAUCAGUAGUGAUGCCGAUGAGUUUGAAUGUGGCGGUGUAUCUGAAUUUUUCAGUUUGUUGUAUCUGAAUUGGAUUUGGAACGUAGAAUGUUUCCCCCCCUGUUUUGCACAGGAGUUGUAAACAAACUUGCUCUGAUUUCCCCGAUGUGCCACUCGA